CCCAUAACUCCCCUUCGCUGGCGCCACCGACGAGAAUGGCGGCGACCCUCGAGCUCCACUCCGUGCUGCGCCUCCCUUCCUUGCCCUCUCCUCCGCGAUGGGCCAUCCAUCGCGCCUCCAUCGUAUGCCGCGCCGUCUCUGCUGCGUCGCCCCCGAUCUUGGUCGCCGAUGGUGAGCUGGAGGCUCUGGAUGGCCGCGAGCGCACCGUCGCCCGCAUCGGAUUGCCUAGCAAGGGCCGCAUGGCUGAGGAAACACUGGAGCUUCUCAAGGCUUGUCAGCUGACGGUGAAACAGGCGAAUCCGAGGCAGUACGUGGCUUACAUUCCUCAGCUCGAGAACUUGGAGGUGUGGUUUCAGCGACCUAAAGAUAUUGUUCGUAAAUUAAAGUCUGGAGAUCUAGACCUUGGUAUUGUAGGUUUAGAUACUGUCACUGAGCAUGGACAGGGAAGUGAGGAUUUGGUUCUCAUUCAUGAUGAACUCGAUUUUGGACAUUGUCAUUUAUCUAUUGCAAUUCCCCAAUAUGGAAUUUUCGAAAAUGUGAACUCCAUAGAAGAGCUAGCGCAAAUGCCUCAUUGGACAGAGGAGAGACCUUUAAGAAUAGCAACGGGAUUUUCAUACCUUGGCCCUAAGUUUACAGCAGAGAAGGGUCUGAAGCAUGUUAUCUUUUCAAGUGCUGAUGGGGCACUGGAGGCAGCUCCAGCGAUGGGGAUAGCAGAUGGAAUUCUGGAUCUAGUGAGUAGUGGGACAACUUUGCGCGAAAAUGAUUUGAAAGAAAUUGAAGGUGGUGUUGUUUUGGAAAGCCAGGGUGUACUAGUUGGUAGUAAAAAAGCCUUGAUCCAGCGUGAAGGGGUAUUAGAAAGUACCCAUGAGAUUCUGGAAAGACUAGAAGCACACUUAAGGGCGGUUGGGCAAUUUACGGUAGUUGCAAACAUGAGGGGAAGCAGUGAGCAAGAAGUGGCAGAGAGGAUUCUUGGUCAUGCUGAAUUAUCUGGCUUGCAGGGGCCGACGAUAAGCCCAGUGUACUGUGAACGAGAUGGUAAGGUUGUGGUGGACUAUUAUGCGAUUGUCAUAUGUGUGCCACGAAAGGCCCUUUAUAAAUCUGUUCAGGAAUUAAGAGCGAUAAGCGGCAGUGGAGUUCUGGUCUCUGAGUUAACAUACAUAUUUGAAGAAGAUACUCCAAGAUGGUGCAAGUUGCUUUCAAAACUUGGGUUUUGAAUCAUUUGUGCUGAUAAAUCAGCUGUAUGAAGUUCUCAUCACUUGAAUGAACUUGGUUCAAUUGCUGGUCACCGAAGGAAGUUCAUUCAGCAACUUCGAUCGAUCAUAUAAACUUUACAAAUAAGGUUUCACCUUCAAAUGCCGAAGGAGAUUGCUCUUGUUCAGGAAAUUAUGUGUAGAAGUAGAAAGUGUGUACAAUUUAUUAGGUUCCUGUGCCCUUGUGUGUCUGUCCUAAAUUAUGUGUUGUCAAUUUGUCAGUAAUUCUGCAUUUUCAUCUGUUAUUACUAGUGGUCAAGUUUGCUUAUCCUGUUGUAACCUGUCCACGGACAAAGCCUUCAUCUUGAACUGCUUUGGAACUUCGGAUCCCGGUUAAUCAUAUAUUCUGCGUUCAUCAUGUUAUUCUUGAUCUUAUCCAGAGCUAGGAUUUCACUUCCUCCUGGAGAUUUCAACCGCAAAUUAGCAAUCUGAAUUUCCUUUUGGACAUGUGUAGCUGUCCUCGAAUUUAUAUCAUACCAUCGUCUUGAGGUUCUCCUGCUGCCAAUCUUGCGUCUUUUGGAUUUGAACAUCAACACCUCAACCUUUUCUUAUCUGGGAAAGAACUACUUUUUUGGAUCAUGAAAUCGAUCUUAAGUAGUGGGUUCUACUUCUAAGUUGUUUUGUUCUAUUUCACUUAUUGUAGUUUAUCUGUUUUUGUUUAGGCCUUUGUAUU